CUCACCUCCUGCUCCUAGGAUCAAAUUUUUCUUUUCACAGCUCCAACUCUUAUCUCUAAGUCUUUGUAGCUAAAACAGAUUCAUUCCUGUAAGGAUUUUCUGCCUUCUUAGAGGCCACAGACUUGUGAGUCUGUCAAGUUCCGGAGGGGGCAUGGAGAACUUGGACUUGCUGGGAUUCCUCAUCGUCACCUUAAACUGCAAUGUGACCAUUGUGGGAAAGAUCUGGCUGCUCUUCACGGUGCUGCUGAGGAUGGGCGUGGUCAUCCUGGCCGGGUACCCGAUCUACCAGGAUGAGCAGGAGCGCUUCGUCUGUAAUACCCUGCAGCCAGGCUGUGCCAAUGUUUGCUACGACAUCUUCUCCCCUGUGUCCCAGCUGCGCUUCUGGCUGGUCCAGGGGGUGUCUGUGCUCCUCCCUUAUGCCAUGUUUAGUGUCUACGUCCUCCACAAAAGCACCCAGCUUGCUACCUGGGAAGGCUGCCAGUCAGAGAGAGGUGUCCUGAGGGUACCAGACUUCUCCUGUGGCUACCUCUUCCAGCUGUGUUUCCGGACCCUGACAGAGGCUGCAUUUGGGGCCUGGCAUUACUUCCUCUUUGGGUUCUUGGUCCCUAAGAGUUUCUCUUGCACGCACCCUCCCUGCUCCAGUGUGGUGGACUGCUACAUCUCUCGGCCCACGGAGAAGUCCAUCAUGGUGCUUUUCACCUGGACCAUGAGUGUGCUCUCCUUCCUCCUCAGUGUCGCGGAUCUGGUUUGCAGUGUGCAGGGAAGGAUUAGCAGGAGGCAAGGCCCGGGGCAGCGGGUGAGCAGCUCCUGUGUUGGCAAGGAGUAUGGAGUCAGAGCAUCUCCUCCAGGCAGUGCUAAGGGAAACCAGCCCAGCAAGGUAGAUGAGGAUGGCAGGUGGGAGGAAGAGGUGCUGCCUUCUCUUCCUGAUGAGUGGGCUGGGGGGCAGAGUAUCAACAACCUCAGCGGUCAGCCUCCUGCACUGGGCCGGGUGGCGCUGCUGGAGGAAAAUGGGAGUGAAGGAUUGACCUCAACCAGUGACAAGGCACCUGUGGCCCACAGAGAGCCUGGAGGCAGAUGCCCCAGAGAGGCUACCCAGGACCCCAAGAGCAGGGGCCUCGCCCAUUCAGAGGUGUGUUCCUUGGCCUCUCAGAGCCACCUGGCUGGCCACUAUUCAUCUGGCCUGCUACAGUCUCCUCAGCAGCUGGUCCCCUCUGGCAGCGUCCCUCACCUGAGAACCAAAAAGUCUGAGUGGGUGUGAAGAGCACACACCAUGCGGUGCCCGGCGAACCCAGUUCUGCAGCAGGGUGCUGCCCUGGACAAAUACCCAGAUAAACACUAUCUGCCACUCCACAAAUUUCUUGGUAGCAGGUGAGCUACCAUUAUAGGCUUCCUGGAAGACCAGAUUCAGAUUUAAUUUAGAUAACACUGUCUUUUGAAAAUACACUUGACCUUUAAUGCCUGUUAGCUAAUGUAACUAACGGGAGAGUGCAGAGCUGUUGGUCCUCAUGAAAUUGUUAUAGGUGUUAAGCUCUCGCUGGACCUAUUGUCUUGUUCUUUGCCUUGUGCCUAAUGUAAAGCAUGCUGUCUUGCAUGAAUAGAGCUCAGUACACUUUGAUUUUUCUGGUAAACUAUUAGGAUUUGGCUUUGUGUUUGAUUCUGAUUGAUGAGAGGCAUUGCAUAUGUGUGUCGUCAGCAGAGACAUUAGUUUACCUCUUUAACAAAAUGAACAGUGAGCACGUUGCCGUGACAUGCUUCCUGCUUCACAGUGUGCAGGACAAAGUGGACAUGCAAAGGACAGAGCUCAGAGACAACUGGCUGGGGAUGUCAUGUUGUUAUUGUAUAGGUUGGGUACAUAGGGUGUAGGGAGUGUCCAGGGCUCUUUGGGCCACCAUGUGUAGCUGAGUGGGUGUCCUCCUCCCGUGAAAGCAGGACUUCUACUGUUGACAGGUAGCUGAGGGUUUGUCACAAGGUUUCCAGACCAGGUUUGUCCAAGGCAGUGCAGUUGUGAUUGGCCUGAAAGACUUACUCUAGUGCAGAGGAGGAGAAAGACUUUGAGGGCUGUGUCCAAGCUUUCUGUGUGCAUACUAGAAAUGAAAAACCAUUCUGGGUCUUGGGAAAGGCUUGACAUAAUGGUCUCCCUGCUUUUUUAGGUGUCACUAGUUCUGAUUUGGGUGAUCUCCCAGUUAAAAUAUGACUCCACUCUGUGUUGGAGCUUUUUUUCGGAUUGAAUUUGAGCAGACAGGAGGACAUACCUAGUACAGGGCAGGGUAAACUGACUCACCUUGGCAAGGAGAGGAAGAUGAGCCACCUGGAUACAGUUCUAGACUUGGGCACUGUUUUCUGGGCCCCAAGUAUGGAAUAGCUGAGAAACAGGAUCCCCUCUCCACUAUAGUAAAUAAUGUAA